AUGGGAAUCGUUCAGAAACUCAAACGCAAGUUUUGGUAUACGCGUAUGCUGGAAGGAUGCGGUCGUCUGGUGAAAUCUGCCCUCCUGGUCACAAACCUGUUGAUACUGAUCGGCGGUAUCAUUAUUCUCUUCGUUGGCGUUUGGACUCUGGCGGACAGAAGUUUUAUGGCCAGACUAUUGGGCUCGGAUCUUUACGUGUCUUCAGCAUCGAUUUUAGUGGCUACGGGCAGUCUCGUAACCGUAGUAUCGUUCAUGGGAUGCAUAGGAGCCUUCAAAGAGAUCAAAUGCCUCUUGUUCACGUUCUUCGGUAUCCUCCUCAUGAUCUUUGCCGUGCUACUGGUCGGCGGAAUCCUCGGCUACGUUUUCCGCAAUGAGGUGGGCGAGCGAAUGUACCAAGAAAUGGUGAUGACCAUUCCAGCGUACGGCAAUGAUACAGCCGUCACGAGAGCAUGGGACGCCGUUCAGCAGCAUUUCAAGUGUUGCGGCGUGCUAAGCCAAAUACCAAACGACAAACCUUAUCAAAUAUGGCUCCAGAACAUCUAUUUCAACGACAGAAAACAGGUGCCAGAAUCGUGUUGUGUGCGGAAAGACUACAUUCCGGAGUGCCAGGCGAGCCCGUCGGAGGCCAGUACCUACAUGGACAACUGCCACACAAAAGUUCGAGACUUCGUCGAAGCGCAUUCAGAAACGCUGGCAGGAGUGGGAUUAGCAGUCGCGACGCUGAUUCUCCUGGCGAUGAUCCUCAGCUGCAGCAUGGCUGUCAUGAUCCAGUGA